AAAGCAUAUCGGAUCAUGGUACAGAUGGAAAAGUUGGGAAUAAGACCAGAUGUCAUUACAUAUACCACACUGAUGUCAGCAUUUUAUAAAGAAAACUGGUGCGAGAUUGGAAAUGGUUUAUGGAAUCUUAUGGUGCUGAAGAGGUGUUUGCCUAAUCUUGCAACUUUCAAUGUUAGAAUCCAGUAUUUGGUUAACAGAAGACGAGCAUGGGAAGCUAACAAAUUGAUAGGUUUGAUGCAGAAUGUUGGGAUAACACCUGAUGAGGUCACAUAUAAUUUGGUGAUCAAAGGGUUUUUCCAGGCCGGGUAUCUUGAAAUGGCUAAAAGGGUGUAUUCUGCUCUACAUGGAAAGGGAUACAAGCCAAAUAUCAAAAUUUAUCAGACCAUGAUUCAUUAUCUUUGUAAAGGAGGGGAUUUUGAUUUGGCAUAUACUAUGUGUAAAGACUGCAUGCAAAAGAAUUGGUAUCCGAAUGUGGAUACCAUUCAUACAUUGCUUGAAGGCCUAAAGAGGGGCAAGCAGCUUGGUAAGGCUAAGGCAAUCAUGAUGUUGGUUCGGAAAAGGGUGCCUCCAUUUUCUUCAAAACAAUUGGGGGAUUUACAAACCAUACUGAGCAAGAGUUGAAUUAAGAUGAGGGACUGGAAAACUGAGAAGUGGUAGAUUAUGUAACUGGACAGCUCAACAAGAGCUAGUAUUCUUUUUCCCCCACUCAUUUGUAAAUUUGCAGAACAAUUGACAUGAAUUUUUUUAAUCAUACGAAAGGGACAUCCUCAUUUCUUCAAUAAUUUGUAGUACCACCUCAAUUUAAAUGGAGCACUGAAUGGACAGCUAUCACCCAAAUUUGUUGUAAGUUCAUUCUGCAACGGCUCCCCUCUAAUGCUGUAGUCAGCUCUUCUUUUCAACUGUUGGGUCAUUAGCUUCUAUGAUUUUGAUUGUUUGUUCAAUGCUUUCAGCUUUGGUGGUGCAGAACAGAAGGGUCAGGGAAUAAUGGCAAAGUCCUACCCAUUAGAUAUUAAUAUUAUUAAAUGCUUAUUUCGGUAAUUUCAAAUUAUUUGAAUGAUGAUGAAACAAGUGUUUAUUUAUUUAUUUAUUAGUAUUACAUCCAUCUAAAUCAAAUUCCUUUUAUUAUAAUUAAAGACCUUACAAGUACGAAACUUGUUAUUUAAAAGUAACACAUAAGGAUAUAAGAUGGCCGAUGGUCAGAGUGAUGGUUAGUUUAUAGACAUUGGAUUCUUAACAAUUAGUUGGUCAUAAUUAGUAGCUGUGGUGGUUUUAAACGACUAACUCUGCAAAAUUGGGAAUGGUGUUCUUAUGUCCCAAACUUGCCAGACCUUCUUGACCAUUUUACCCAAUUUCUUUAAUGGACCGGAAGUAAGGUGAGUAACAUAUGGGGAUUAUUCUUUUACAGAAUGUAUGUACAAAACCUUUUGAUGAUUAACAAAGUACAUGCUGAAUGGAUGAUAGGUAAUAUUUAGGCAUACAUGAGCAAAAUGAUAAGUUAUCUGAUGUGACUGGGGGGUUGCUGCAGCAUACUCUAAACGAGGAAGAUAGAGAAUAGGAUAUGCACAUUUGUAUAUGAUAUGUACACACUAAUGAACAUAUACUGGGUCAAAUGUUGCUUACACAC